UUUAUUUAUGCAAAAUUUAUUUUUACAUGAUCUCAUGUGAGGCUGCCACAUUUCAUUUACCCACCGUGUAAUCUUACCGACUUUGCCCAGUUUGUUUAAGAUAUGGCGUCUGAGUGCUGUCUCAGUCUCACCAAAUACUUCCUAUUUCUCUUCAACUUAAUAUUCUUUCUCUUAGGAUCACUCCUCUUAUCUAUGGGACUAUGGAUGCUAUUUUCAGAGACCAGCAUUUUCAUCACCUCCCCUCCCUACCUUUCCGUAUCUCUCUUCUCCUACUUGCUGAUCACCAGUGGCUCUGUGACCAUGUCAUUAGGCUUCCUAGGAUGUCUGGGUUCUCUGAAGACUGUCAAAUGUCUGCUGGCAAUUUAUUUCAUCCUGCUCACAGUUCUUCUUGCGGCUCAGAUAGUGGGUGGGGUUCUUUUCUACACCCAGAAGAAUCAGUUGGUCGAUUCACUAGAGGACAAUACUCUUAAUCUAAUAAAAACAUUUGGAAGAAAUGACUCCAGUCUCCAGCGUUUUAAAAAGACUCUAGAGUACAUUCAGAUGACGACCGAAUGCUGUGGUUGGCAUGGGAAACUUGACUGGGGGGAUUCUAUACCUUGUUCCUGCGUCUACCUAGCAAUUAGCAAUGCCACUGUCAAUGCAACACAAGCAUGUUCAUGUUUCUCAAAUGUUUCCAUUUCGAAUAACACUGUAUGCUCGAUUUAUGAACAGAGUUGCAGUGACAAGAUAAAAACAUGGCUGGAAGAAAAUCUUCUCUUGAUUUUGGUGGUUAUUUUGGCCAUUUCUGUGGUGGAGAUAUGUGGUAUGAUCCUUUCGAUGUGUCUGUAUAAAGAGGGUUCUGUGGACUACAACACAAUUUUAUACUAAGGUGACCAGGAUCAGUGAGGGGAAAACAUCAAGUAUUCAUUUUCUGUCAUUCAUAAAUUUGAUGUUUUGUUGAUGACUUUUUAAAUGAGAUUGUUAUUUUUCUGUAAGGUAUUUGAUUGUUUUUAUACAGAUAUUUUUUUCUCUAAAAGACAGUCACUUGUUGAUUUUCCUUGUUAUUCAGAUGUGUGUUAUAGUUUUUUUCUGGUAUUUGUUUAUAAAACAUAAAAUUAAUUUAAACCUGAUAAUGAUAUAAACUUUAAUUUCUUGAUUCUCAAAAUUUGUGCAUUGUUCAGUUUAGCCAUCGGGUAAGAAAGGACUGGGAACAUUAGGGUGUGACAGUGUAAUAUUUCACCAUUGUUGUUCACACAAAGCAAAUGACCUCAAUACUGUGGCAAUGUGUGAGAUACUGUUUUCAUAAUCAUGCUUUUUAUAUCUAAAAUAUGUAACUUAAAUUGUUCUUACAUGCUGUUUUUAUGUAAGAUGACAACAAGUAUUAUAUAUUAGCAAUUUUAAAAGUAAAAGUAAAAGUAAUUAGAUUUAAGUAACAUGUGUAAAGUGUGUCCAAAUACCCUUGAAAAACAGGGUAAUUGUAAUAAAACUGUUUCUAAAGGAAAUAAAACAUUUGAUUAUAUUAUAAA